ACACGAUGGAUGUUCAUAUACUAGGAGGUCUGAAGCUGGCCACCCUCAUCUGCACUUGCCUGGCUGGAAUAGAACUGAAGAACUCGGGGAGACCGCAUUCGAGAAAACCAACCUUGUACAGCCUCUUCGACGUCACAUAUCUGGUGACGUGCGUUGGUGCUUGCGCUGUGCUCGUUAGGCUAGUAUGCCACCUCAUCCACAUCGGCAGCUUGUGGGCAACGUGGAGCCCCAUGCUCUGUUUCGACUUGUUCGUCACGUGCACGUUCUGCGCAGAGACUGUAUUUAUGGUUGUGGUAUUCCUUGUGCGGAGGCUGCGCAGUCAAAGUGCGCCAUGGAUCAUCUGCACUGUGCACGGCAUUAUCUUGACCACGCUGGUAGGCGACAUACUUGAAGGCACCACCACUGAAUGCACGGAACAGCUCACGCCAUAUGAAAGUAUGCAUCGGAUGGACACUGUGAACCGAACGAUGCUUCUGACCUGCUACGCAUACUUAACUUUGGGAAGUUUUCUGACUGCUGGCUUUGCCGACAGGCCCAUGGUCCGGCAGGAGCUCGAGGUACGCUGA